GUGUUUUUCUUCUGUUCUGCGUUCUUCUGCACAUUUCAUUUAUCAAAAAACAGUCUUUUUAUUUUAUUUUAUUAUAUCAUUUACAUUUUAUUUUAUUUGAGAAGCAAGUUAAUAUUUUGUUGAAAUACGAUAGAAAGGUGAUCAUCGAUUAUGUUUUAUAUGGUGUAAUCUUGCUGUUCACUUUCUGAAAGAAAAAUGGUCAAAAGAGUGAAAAAAUAUCAAGCAGGAGAGGGUGCUCGUUUCAUCACCAGGAAAGCUGCUCUAAACAAACUCCAGCUCACUCUACGCGAUUUUCGAACAUUAUGUAUUAUCAAAGGUGUAUACCCACGAGAGCCCAAACAUAGACGAAGAGCUCAGCAAGGAAAAACUGGUAUCCAAACUCUAUAUUUGAAGAAAGACGUUCAAUUUUUACUUCAUGAACCGUUAGUAUGGAAACUACGGGAGUUGAAAGUUCAUCUUCGCAGAAUCAAAAGAGCGAAAUCCAUGAAGGAUUACAGUAUGGCGAAACGGUACGGCAACACGAUCCCUCUGUUGGAUAUGGAUCAAAUAAUUAAAGAACGAUAUCCGACGUUCAUCGACGCUCUACGUGACAUGGACGAUUGCUUAACGGUGUGCUUCAUGUUUGCGGCGAUGCCUAAACGAAAAGCUAUCCCGCCGCAUUUGAUUGAUUUUUGUCGCCGGCUCACCAUUGAAUUCAUGCAUGUCGUAAUUGCUGCUCGUGCAUUGCGUUAUGUGUUUGUUUCGAUAAAAGGCAUAUAUUAUCAAGUUGAGCUGAGAGGUCAGGUGAUUACCUGGAUUGUACCUCACAAUUUCAGUUUUCAGCCUGCCACCAACGAUGAAGUGGAUUUCCGAACAAUGGCGACAUUUGCCGAAUUAUAUACAGCUUUACUUGGUUUCGUCAAUUUCAGAUUGUAUCAUCUUUUAAAUUUACAUUACCCGCCUCAAUUGCAGGGAUAUUCAACUGAAGAACUUGAGUACGAAACAGUUGAUGAUAGAGUCAGCUUAUCAGAUAGAGUAUGUGCAUUAAAUCUCCCAUUGAAACGUACUGGUGUAGCUUCUGAGGAAACCGAGGAUAUGGAAUUAGAUCAGUUUCCAAUGUCAGAAGACGCUGAACAAGCCGAUAAAACCCGCGAAGAAUACGAAAAAGUGAAAAAUUUGAAGAAAUUGUUCGAAGGGUUAAAGGUGUUUUUGAGUCGUGAAGUUCCCAGAGAAACUUUAGUUUUUGUUCUACGUUGUUUCGGUGCCCAAGUUUCUUGGGAAGAAACUUCAUUCCCUAAUGGACAUCUUUUUUCCGAAAAUGACGAGUCCAUUACUCAUCAAAUCGUUGACCGACCUAAAAUGAAUAAACAAUUUAUUUCUAGAUAUUACGUUCAACCACAAUGGGUUUUCGAUUCCAUUAAUGCCAGACAGCUUUUACCAGUGGAGAAAUAUUUCAUCGGUGCUGUAUUACCUCCUCAUUUAUCACCGUUCUCUCAAGAUUAUAGAACUCAUAGAUAUGUACCGCCAGAAGAGAGGGCUCUUAAUGAUCCUACUUUUGUACUGAACAAAGAUAAACCUACAAAUGAAGAAGAUUUAUCCGACGACGAAUUGCCUAGCAAUGUUGAAGAUAUGAUUGACAACGACUACGAUGAGAAUGAUGAAGAGAAAGAAAACGACGAAGAAUUAGACAAACUCAAAAAUAUGAAGGUUAAAGCUGGAGAAACAUAUAGGCAUAAUAAAAAUAAGGAACGUAAAGAUAUCAAGCAAAUGUUAUUAUUGAAAGAGAAGAUGAUCAGAAAGAAAUACAGAAAUUUGUAUAAAAGUAUGAAGCAAUCUCGAAUCGUUCGACAAAAAGAAAUAAAAUUAUUAAAAUAUAAACGCAGAUUAAAUGAGAGAAAAGAAUUGCAAGAAAAAAAAGCUUUAUUAAAAGCAAAACGAGUUGGAGCUGCAUUGUUAAGUUGAAUAUAUUAAGUUGUGAAAUUUUUGUUAUUAAACUGAAUACAUAUUUUAAACGUGUAA